AAAGGCCUUUUUUACCCAACAGAAAACAUGGCGAAAACGGAUUAUUAUCCGAAUUCUUCCCAGGAUAGUCUAAUGGACGCCGCUCUCGUAGCCUUGGAUACAGGAGAGAUGACACCACUGGUCAAGGAAGAGCUUAAACUGACCAUACAGUCGCGCCGUCUAGCGGCCGGUAUGGGGGAAUUAACAGUCAAUUUCGAACCUCCAACACAAUCAGAGUUAACAGAGGAGGAAAAAGAAAAGGUAGACCGGAGACGUGAACAAAACAGACUGGCGGCACAGCGGUUCCGGCUAAAGCAGAAAACGACCGGAGAACGAAUCCAAAAGAAGGUACGAGGUUUGGAGUCGGACAAUACACGCCUGAGGGCGGAAAUGAGGAUUCUACAGACGGAGAGAGACGAACUCAGAAAGAGGCUAGAGGACCACAUGAAGAUCUGCCCCGGGAAUGUCCUCUAUGUGCUCAAUAGGUGACCAAUCAACGCUGCCCCAUCAUUAUUUUCAUACCCCAAAUAUGAAGAAAACAAAACAAACGAAAAAAAGUGUGACUGAGAUGUUACUCUUCUUGGAGGUUGUGCAUUGCCUAUAUAUAGGUCCAAAAAAUCAACAUUUUAUAUUAGUGUUGUGAGGUCGACUUAUUCAUAGUGCAUAAUAAAUCCAUAUGAGGAAUUAUAACA